AUGCGCCAAUUGAAAGCACAGGCAGACGCCAGUAUUCAGAUUGAUACGUCAACCCAGGAUUUGGCAAGACCCCUUGACAGUUCUGAGGUGUGGAGCCCCCUGAGUGGAAAAUCUUCACAAAGUCUACCAGGAACAGCAGAAGAAGCAGAUAACCCGAAUCCUAAUUCCUCUGACCACGAGUCUGACAGUCAAUCCAAAGAUGCACAUGAUGUCACCCACUGUGCCAUAACUGAUGAUGAUUCUGAAGCUUGGGUUCCUCUCAGUGGACAACAAAGUCUGUCAGGAGCAGAAGCCUCUAGGACAUUCGACAAUCUCUCUGAAUCUUGGACCCCUCUUAGAGGACAGCAGUGUCUUUCGGGAGAAGAAGUCUCUAACGUGAUGGGCCGUGAUGAUUCAGACCAUGACUUUGAAAACUUCUCUGAAGACACUCUUGAUGCUCAACCCACCACUAGCCUGCAAGCAGACCGUGGUGAAGUUACGCCCAGAUAUUCUACAUCCCCACUCUUGUUUGAAGAUGAAUGUUCCACAGAAUUUGAUCUUCACUCCAGUGACCCACAACAUUUGAGCCCAACAUCUCAGUCAUCAAACAACUUAAUUCCUGAUGACUUGGAUGAAAGUGUCGACAGCAGUGUGUUUGAAACCAGGCAGCGCCUUGGCACUGGAAAGACUAAGGUAGGUGGCACACCUACUACUGGUCUGACUGUGCUGAUGGACGCCACACUGAUGGGCUGGCAUUGGCAGUUGAAAAUCAGCUGGCCCCCUUGGUCUGCCAGUAAGCGCGCUCUGCAGGGCCUGAUCUCGCUCAAAGCAUUCUGGGUGCCCAGGACCCAGUGGGCUCACCCAGUCACCGGGGACAACUGUGUGCAUCGUGGAGGGGGCAGGUCGGAGGAUACCUUGAGGGAUGGGGCGUAG